AUGAAGGAGAGGAGGAGGAGAGCAGAUUUAGGGUGGUGAAACCGUGGGAGAGAGAGAGAGAGACGAUGGGCAGGGCUCCUUGCUGUGACAAGGUGGGCUUGAAGAAGGGAGCAUGGAGUGCGGAGGAGGACAAGAUUCUGGUCGACUACAUCCAGCAACAUGGCCAUGGAAACUGGCGAGUGAUGCCGAAGAGAGCCGGGCUGUUGCGAUGUGGGAAGAGCUGCAGACUGAGAUGGACCAACUAUCUCAGGCCGGACAUCAAACGAGGAAACUUCACCAAGGAGGAAGAAGAUACCAUCAUUAGCCUGCAUGGGGAGCUUGGGAACAAAUGGUCUGCGAUUGCGGGAAGCUUGCCGGGCCGAACGGACAACGAGAUCAAGAACGUGUGGCACACCCACUUGAAGAAGCGCAUGGAUCCCAAGGAAGCGACGCGUGCGCCCAAGAGGGAGAGGAAGAGGAAGAAGAAACGUGACGCCAAGGACAAGCUGGAACCGGAGCAAGAAAACCAGCGGCCGGACGCAGACGCAGCUCGUCCUAGUCCGAGACGCGAUGACGCAGGGCUCGUCGAAGUGUCACUGGAACAGUCCUACAGCGGCUUCUCGUCCGCCGCCACCGACUCGUCCGUGAUGUCGGGAGACGCUACUGUGGACGCCAAGGACGAGAGCUUCACCUCCAAGGAACUCAAAGAGAUCGACGAGAGCUUUUGGCUGGACGCGUUCGCCGUCGAUGGUUCAUUGCAACUCCCUCCUGCAGCAGUUGCAGACAGUGCGACCUUCAGCGACGACAUGGAGUUCUGGCUGAAGGUGUUCAUGGAAGCUGAUCAUUUAGAGGACCCGUCUCAGAUGAAUCCCGCGAAUGUCCAUCUGAACUAACAUCGAUUCUUCCGGUGUUGUAGAUUGCUCGAUUGCCAAACGUGUGUAGUGAAAUAGCCAUUGAAGAUUAGACUUGAUGAAGGAUUGGAAAUAGGAAUAAGACACUGUAAAAUAUUAUGAGAACUGACACUUACCAUCUUAUUGCCACAAAUCAAUGUUGAUUAUGCUAUAUAAUAUAUCAACGAGGACAGGAAAUGGUUGGCCGCACAUCGAAAUCUCAAGCACAAAACAUCUUUUUUAGCCUGAGAAAUCUUUCGUGUACAUCUGUGAUCUAAUCAGUGUUCCUCGAAUCAAGAUUUUCCUCAGAUCGUUUAUACUAUCUACAAUCUGAACCUUCCUCUUAGAUUUCCACGGAGAUAUCAAGUAAUCUAACAUCCUUUGUAGCGCUGUCUCAUUCCUUCUUCGUCUUCUGCUUCUAAUAAAAAUGAAGCUUUUCAUGAUCAUCUAUUUUUAUUUUUGGUUCGGUUUCCUGAGGAUUGAGAGUAAAGACAAAAGAAGAAGAGAUGGUAGAAGCAGCAACAGAAGAGAAAAAUAGAAGACGAUAACGAGAAAAUAAUUAAAAUAAAUAAAACAAAAAAAUAAAAGAAUUCCAUUUCCUGAGGGAUGAGAAUAAGUAGCAAAGGAAAACAAAACAAAUACAAUAUAACAAAUGAAAAUAAAAUAAAAUAAUAAUUAAAAUAGACCACCGAAAAGAAAAAAAACUGAUGAAGGAAACAAAGUGUUCCUUUUGCAGUAUAAAUACUAAUUCUAUAGUGGCUUGGGUUUAUAACGGGUGAUUUAGGUAAUAUCAUGUAACGGGUGAUAUAAUUGUAACGCUAUAUAAUGGAAACCCCCCAAAAAACGGCACGUGUAAACAACGUUAUAAUCGUUCCAACGGCCAGAGGUAAACCGUUAUAUGGACUUCAGUCCGUCCUGUUUCCCAGGUUUUCGAGAGCCGAUAGCCCCCGAAUCCUAAUCCUCUAAUCCUCCUCCGAGACAUGGCGACGACGACGACGACGAUCGUAUCCCGGUGCCCAUUGCUUCACUCAAUCGGUCAGAGGAGCCUCACAGUGAUUCCGGCGGCUCCACUGGGCCCCUCUUUCAUUAGGUUCUUUGGAAGACCGACGAGUCAAUUACGGAUAGUAUGUAUGGCGUCGUCUGCUGCAGGGAACCCAUACGAGAGUG